AUGGAAGAGUGUGAGAAUGCAGCUGGGGUUGGGGAAGAACAGAGACUCUCUGGUCGAAUGCGCGAGAGUUGGGAGAGUGGGGAUUUCUGGAUCAUGUAUGCAGUGGCGCAUAGUUUGGCGUUUGAUGCGAUCUGCUGGCAGAAGAUUGAUCCUCGAUUCUAUGGAUCGACCACUGAGAAUACUGAGGGGUUGUGCCUCUUGGAUGUGAAAGAAAAGGAUGAGAUGGAGCUACUAGUAGCUUGCAAACUGAAGGAGAAGGCUACUAGGGUUCUGGCUUGGGGCCCGGAUGAAUAUACGAUGGCUUUUCGCCAACAAUUGGACGAAGAAAGAGGAAAAGAUGAAGAAAAAGGCUUUAGCUAG